CCAUCGCGCUCAGUCUGAGAUACAGCCGUAUAGAUGCGGAACAGGGAGAAGUAGGAGAGCAGGCACACAACAGAGGGAGCUGAGGACUCCUGCCCUUCAACACUGAGUACAAACUGUUCCCGCCGGAAAGCCCAUUUGGUCAGUUUUGUCGAACCGAACCGGGACAAACCGUGAACAGCCGUGGAAAUGGCGCAGCCAGACAGCAAGAAGAUCUUUUUUGAGAACCUGUCCGGAGCGGGAAAAGCCAUCGCGGUCCUGACCAGCGGAGGUGAUGCUCAAGGAAUGAAUGCUGCCGUCCGUGCGGUGGUGCGCAUGGGGCUGUACGUGGGUGCCAAAGUUUAUUUUAUUCAUGAGGGAUAUCAGGGUAUGGUGGAUGGAGGGGACAACAUAGAGGAGGCCUCAUGGGAAAGUGUCUCCAGCAUGCUGCAAGUGGGGGGGACCGUCAUCGGCAGCGCCCGCUGUAAAGAGUUUCGCUCCCACGAGGGUCGCUUACAGGCGGCUCACAACCUGGUGCAGCGGGGCAUCACCAACCUGUGCGUGAUCGGCGGCGACGGCAGCUUGACGGGAGCCAACCUCUUCAGGGAGGAGUGGAGCGGACUGCUAAAGGAGCUGGUGGAGAAAGGUCUGAUCGAAGCCGACGCCGUGGAGAGGUACGCUGCCCUGCACAUCGUCGGGAUGGUGGGCUCCAUCGACAACGACUUCUGCGGGACGGACAUGACCAUCGGCACCGAUUCGGCUCUGCACAGAAUCAUCGAGGUGGUGGACGCCAUCAUGACGACUGCACAGAGCCACCAGAGGACGUUCGUGCUGGAAGUUAUGGGCAGGCACUGCGGAUACCUGGCGCUCGUGAGCGCUCUGGCCUGCGGGGCGGACUGGGUCCUGAUCCCUGAAAUGCCUCCUGAGGACGGCUGGGAGGAGAAAAUGUGUCAGAAACUCUCAGCGACCCGCUCCAGGGGCACAAGGCUGAACAUUAUCAUAGUUGCAGAGGGAUCUCUUGACAGGCACGGGAAACCUAUAACUUCUAGUUUUGUCAAGGAUCUCGUCGUGAAACACUUGGGCUUUGACACACGCGUGACCAUCUUAGGGCACGUCCAGAGGGGCGGAACCCCGUCCGCCUUCGACCGCAUCCUGGCCAGCCGCAUGGGCGUGGAAGCCGUUCUGGCGCUGCUGGAGACCACGGCCGACACGCCGGCCUGCGUGGUGUCUCUGUGCGGGAACCAGUCGGUGCGUCUGCCCCUGAUGGAGUGUGUACAGAUGACCCAGGAGGUGCAGAAGGCCAUGGACCAGAAACGAUUUGAGGAGGCCGUCAAGCUGCGGGGCAGGAGCUUCGAAAACAACCUGCGGACGUACAAACUGCUGGCUCAUCGUAAGCCGGAGUCGGAGCUGCCAGUCAGCAACUUCAACGUGGCGGUGCUGAAUGUAGGAGCCCCCGCCGCCGGCAUGAACGCCGCCGUGCGCUCCGCCGUCAGAGUGGGGAUCUCGGAGGGGCACAAAAUGUUUGCCGUCAACGACGGAUUCGAGGGGUUUUACAAAGGACAGAUUAAGGAGGUGAAAUGGAGUGAUGUUGGAGGGUGGACGGGACAGGGAGGCUCCCUGUUGGGAACUAAAAGAACGCUUCCUGCGAAGCACGCAGACAAAAUAGCCGAGCAGAUGCGAAAAUACAAUAUAAACGCUCUGCUGGUGAUUGGAGGAUUCGAGGCGCUCGAAAGUCUGCUGCAGCUGUAUGAGGUCCGCACUACCUAUGAGGAGUUUUGCAUCCCGAUGUGUAUGCUGCCCGCCACCAUAAGUAACAAUGUUCCGGGCACGGCUCUGAGCAUCGGGGCGGACACCGCCCUGAAUGCUAUCGUGGAGACGUGCGACCGCAUUAAGCAGUCGGCCAGCGGCACCAAGAGGCGGGUCUUCAUCAUCGAAACCAUGGGGGGCUACUGCGGAUACCUAGCCACUGUGGGGGGCCUGGCAGCCGGGGCCGACGCCGCCUACAUCUACGAGGAGCCGUUUGACAUCAGGGACCUGCAGGCGAAUGUGGAGCAUCUGACGGAGAAGAUGAAGACGAGCAUCCAAAGAGGACUGGUCCUCCGGAACGAGAACUCCAACGACAACUACACCACAGACUUCAUCUACCAGCUGUAUUCUGAGGAGGGGAAGGGGGUUUUCGACUGCAGGAAGAACGUGCUGGGACACAUGCAGCAGGGAGGAGCCCCGUCCCCGUUUGACCGCAACUUCGGGACGAAAAUGUCGGCCAAAGCCAUGCAGUGGCUCUCCAAGAAGCUGCUGGAGACGUACCGACGAGAUGAAGGUCGAGUGUUUGCUAACUCUGAGGACUCCUGUUGUCUGCUGGGGAUGCUGGGCCGGACGCUGGUCUUCCAGCCCGUCGUCACGCUCAAGGACCACACCGACUUUAUUCACAGGAUCCCCAAGGAGCAGUGGUGGCUGAAGCUGCGUCCUCUCAUGAAGAUCUUGGCCAAAUACAAGACCAGCUACGACGUGUCUGACUCGGGACAGAUCGAGCACGUCAUCCACACCCGGCCCAAGGAGUCAGACGCCUCCGUGGCCAUGUGAAGGCGGCUAAAGGCCUCAUUCCUUCUCCUGCAACCCGUUUCUUUCAGUGUGUCAUCUCCUCCUACCAGAGUGCUUCUCGCACACACAGCUGUCCCGCUAUGCAUCUGUGUGUGUGUGUGUGUGUCCCGGGUCGUUUUAGUGUCGUCGUUGUCGUUUGACAUAAACAUUUUGCACUUUCUCUGUCUCGAGUGGCGUAGAGAAGCUCUGGAGACGGAGCUGCACAAGGACGAAGUAGAAACUGUCUCUGCAGUCUAACGUAGAGCGCGUGAGACGGACGAGCUCUGCUCGCACUCAAAAAAUUAAUAUUUAUCUUUUUAGAUUUCUUUAUUUUGCUUACAGACAUGGUUCUAUUAUAAUUAUACAUUGGCGCUGCUGCUACCAAGCAGCUGUCUGUCUUUGCACCGGAUGUUUGAAACUGUUCCCAUUGAAUAAAGUCCGACUUGAAAAAGUG